CGCCGCCCCGCCAUGUGCGUCGAGUUCGCCCCGCUGCGCCUGCCCCUGCGGCGGCGCCUGCAGACCGCGGCCGUGCUGCAGUGGGUCUUCUCCUUCCUGGCGCUGGCUCAGUGCUGCCUGCUGCUGUUCCUCGGGCUGCUGCUGGGGGACGGCUGGGCGCUGGCUGCUCUCUACGCCGCCUGGCUGUACCUGGACUGGGACACCCCGGCCCGCGGGGGCCGCCGCUCGGCCUGGGUGCGCCAGUGGGCUGUCUGGAGGUACUUCCGGGACUACUUCCCCAUCACGCUGGUGAAGACGGUGGAUCUGGACCCUUCGCAAAACUACCUCUUCGGUUUCCACCCCCACGGGGUGCUGGUGGCUGGCGCCUUCGGGAACUUCUGCACAGAGGCCACGGGCUUCUCCAGGCUGUUCCCGGGGCUCACCCCGCACCUGCUGAUGCUGCCCUUCUGGUUCAAAGUCCCCUUCUUCCGAGACUAUAUCAUGAGUGGGGGGCUGGUUUCCUCGGAGAAGGCCAGCGUCUCGCACCUCCUUGGCCACGAGGGUGGCGGCCAGGUGGCCGUGAUUGCCGUUGGGGGCCCGCCGGAGUCGCUGGAGGCCCGCCCAGGCGCCCUGACCCUCCAGAUUCUCGGCCGCAAAGGCUUCAUCAAGAUGGCGCUGCAGCAUGGGGCUGCCUUGGUCCCCGUCUUCUCCUUCGGGGAGAACGAACUCUUCAACCAGGUGUCCAACCCCCAGGGCUCCCUGAUCCGCACGGUGCAGGAGCGGCUCCAGAGGAUCGUGGGGCUGGCGCUGCCCAUCUUCCAUGCGCGGGGCGUGUUCCAGUACAGCUUUGGCCUCCUGCCCUUCCGGAGGCCCAUCCACACUGUGGUGGGGGCCCCCAUCCUCGUGCCCAAGUCGCCGCACCCGUCCCGCGAAGCCAUCGACGAGCUGCACCAGACGUACCUGGCAAGGCUCACCCAGCUCUUCGAAGAGAACAAGGCCAGGUACGGGCUGGCAGAAGAGAGGCACCUGCAGCUGCUCUAGGGGACGCAAGGGGCCUUCCCGCCAGCGCGGCCCCGGGGGCUCUUUGCCCACCUGCCUCCUCGGGGAGCGGGCAAGGAGGACCCAGCGGGCACACCGGUUCAUCCCCCGCUGGAGCUCCACUUGCUGGAGGAAAGCGGCGGGGGGGGGGGGUGUGGAAGGGCGGGGGGGCGGCAGGCACGCACAAAGGAGAGCUGGGGUCCUGCCUGGGGGGGUUAAGGCUCCAUGGGGGAGGGUCUCGUAAGUGCCGUCUUGCCUCCGGGGCUGGCUUCCCACUGCUGUCGCCACCUCGGCGGUCCGGAAGGCCGAUUCAGCGUAAGCGAUCACUUCAUUGUAUCUCGUGCACAAUUAAAGCGGCAAGACCUCUUGUG